AUGCAAUUAUAUUUGCUGUUAGGACUUAUUUGCUGCUCAGCAAUCAGUGCUAAAAUAUAUUUCAAGGAAGAAUUCACGGAUGAUGAGUGGGAAAAAAGAUGGAUAAAGUCAAAACAUAAGGAUGAUUUCGGCAAAUGGGAAAUAUCGCAUGGCAAAUUUUAUGGUGAUGCUGUAAAGGAUAAAGGUCUCAAGACGGCGCAGGAUGCGAAAUUUUAUUCAAUCGGUGCCAAAUUUGACAAAAGUUUUUCAAACAAGGGUAAAACGCUGGUUGUUCAAUUUAGUGUCAAGCAUGAACAAGAUAUCGACUGUGGUGGUGGUUACGUUAAGCUGAUGGCAUCAGAUGCAAACCUAGAAGACUUCCAUGGCGAAACUCCUUAUCAUAUUAUGUUCGGUCCUGAUAUUUGUGGACCUGGAACAAAGAAAGUCCAUGUCAUAUUCCAUUAUAAGGGUAGAAAUCAUAUGAUCAAAAAGGAUAUCCGAUGCAAGGAUGAUGUGUUUACGCAUCUUUACACGUUGAUUGUGAAUUCUGAUAAUACCUACGAAGUACAAAUUGAUGGCGAGAAGGUCGAAUCUGGAGAGCUAGAAGCGGACUGGGAUUUCCUUCCUCCGAAGAAAAUUAAGGAUCCAGACGCCAAGAAACCAGAAGAUUGGGAUGAACGGGAAUACAUUGAUGAUGAGGAGGACAAGAAACCCGAGGACUGGGACAAGCCAGAACACAUUCCUGACCCUGAUGCUAAGAAACCAGAAGAUUGGGAUGAUGAGAUGGACGGAGAAUGGGAGCCGCCAAUGGUUGAUAACCCAGAGUAUAAAGGAGAAUGGAAGCCGAAGCAGAAGAAAAAUCCUGCAUACAAGGGUAAAUGGAUCCAUCCAGAAAUCGAUAAUUCAGAAUACACUCCAGAUGAUAAUUUGUAUCUUUAUGAGAAUAUCGGAGCAAUUGGCUUUGAUUUGUGGCAAGUAAAAUCGGGAACAAUUUUCGAUGACAUCAUUGUGACAGACAGUGUAGAGGAAGCCAAGAAGUUUGGUGAAAAGACCUUGAAAAAAACCAAGGAGGGUGAGAAGAAAAUGAAGGAAAAACAAGAUGAGGAGGAAGAAAAGAAGAGGAAAGAAGAAGAAGAGAAGGCAAAAGAAGAAGAAAAGGAGGAAGAAAAGGAAGAAAAAGAAGUGGAAGACGAGAAAAAAGACAGCGAAGAACAUGAAGAACUGUAA